GGCUGGUUAACGGCUCUAGUUGUCAUGGCCGCCAUGUUGAAAGUAGAGAGUGAGGAGCCGUUACGGAAGGAAUGAGGGGGAAUUAAGGCGGCAAGAGGAGCAGUUGUAUUGGAGUGGUUGAGUGUUGUCCCAGGUGGAGACAACUCCUCCAUAGCGAGUGGUAAAGAGGGGUAGUGGCGCGCAACCUUCGGAGAAAGGGGGAUUUCCACUCUGAAUUCCCAGUGAUGGAGGAUGAGGAGAGGCGCAAGAAGCUGGAGGCUGCAAGAGCCAAGCUUGCUCACUACCGACAACAAAAAGCAAAAUGUGACUGCUCGGAUUUGACGAAAAAGAAGAAGAAGAGGAAGAGCCAGGCUAUCCAACAGGAUGAUGUUCUGCCAGAAGAGCACUCAUUAGUAGAACAGGAUGAAGAUUUCGUCCAACAUGAGGUUGAUGGUGAACUGUCAAGCACAAGUACAGCAGAAGGGCACGCAGUUGUGGACAAAGAAGUGAAAAAUAGUAUCGAAUGUGAUCCUUCAGAGCUCCAUGUCUGCCGGUUAAGAAUAAUUGAGCUUGAAGGGCAGUUGCGAGACAAAGAAACAGCUUUGGAACAUUUCAUCAUUGAGCUAGAGGAUCUGCAGGAGCUACUGUCUAGCCACCAGGACAGUGAGCAAAUGCAACAGGACUUAGAGAUGGCUGUACAGAAGAGGAAUGGUAUUAUUAGCCAGCUGACAGAUAACCUGCAGCAGGUUAUUCAGAACAGAGAUGAGGUCCAAAAGGAGGCUCUGGAGUUAACUGAUCAAAUUCAGUCUUUACAGCACCAAUUACAGCAGGCAAGUGAGAUCUUAAAAGACAAGAGCCCUGGAUUUAUGGAACUUCUUCAAGCCAAGCAACAAAUCUCUCUAUUCCAGCAGAACUUGAAAGAACAGAGUGAACGCAUGGAGAGGUUUGAACAACAAGCACACGAUUUAGAGCUUCAACUGGAAUAUUCUGAGCGAACUGCAAAAGGCAAAGACAGCUGUCUUGCUCAGAUGGUUGAACAACAGAAAAUUACAGAACGCACUGUGCUGCAAUUAAAUCAGUGGGUGGAAGAAAAAGAUGAAACCAUUAAAGAAUUAAAAGAAAAAUUGGACCUUAAAGACACUGCCAUAUCACAUCAGCAGCACUCACUGCUUCUCCGGGAUCAAGAAAUUGCUGAUUUAAGAAGAGACGUUGAAAAUGCCACUAAACAAAAGCAGUCUUUGGGAAUAAAUGGAGGACAAAUUGACAUAGAAAACAUGCAGAAACAAUUUGGUCAGAAGGAAACCUCGUUGUAUGUGGAGGAACUGAGGUUUGAUUUGGGGACAGAUCAUAGCCAGGAACCAGAUUGGGAGAUGCAGGGGCUCGGUGGACAAACAAAUGUUGAGGUUGACAUCUUCCAAAGCCAGAUUCAAAAUCAUUCUGGUCCCUGUAAACAAGUGCUAAUUUUAAAUGCAAUGAUCAUUGAUCUAAAUCAAAACCUACAAGAAUCCAGUCUUGAAAAAAAGAGACUUCACCAAGAGUUAGAAAAGAUGAUGGUGUCUCAACAGGAAAAAAUUGAAAUUCAGGAGAAAUAUAAAUUUUUGGUUCAGGAUCUGGAAGAACAGACAAAUCAGUAUAAAUGUGAAAAAGAACAUUUAAAUAAUGAAAUUCAAAAGCUCAGUGCUUUUUUGGCCCAAGAGAAGGAAAACAAUAAAGAAAUGAGACUACAGCAUGAGCAUGAAAUCACAAACUGCAAUAUCAAGUUGGAGAUGAUGGAGAAAGAGAAGGAUGAAGUGCUAAGCCGACUGGCUGAAUCUCAAGAAAUAGAACUUGAGCAACUUAAAACCAAGAUGCUAUUCAGUCAUGAAGCUGAUUUGUCCAAACUUAGGGAAGAUCUUGAAGCACAACACAAUCUAAAAACUGGAGAACUGAGAAAGGAAUUGAAAUGUCUGAAAAAGAAAUUGCACGGCCAAUUACACCAAAAUGAUAUCAUUGAGAAUUUUGAAGCAGUGAAUGAUGAAAAUGCCAUGUUAACUGAACAAUGUACAGAGCUAACAAAACAGUUGCAACAAAAGGAAAUGGAGCUAGAAAAAUUGCACAUGGAGGCUAAGAUGUCAGCCAGUGAAACUCAGGAAGCUGUCCAGAAGUGGAAAGCAGUCACUGAGGAAUUGUCAAACUUACAUAUAGAAAUGGAAAAGGAAAGUACUGAACGGCUACGUUGUGAAGAGGAAAUAAAGCAGCUAAUUCUUGAGAGCAAAGGAAAUAUUCAGGAGUCUGCAACUGAGCAGAAAAGCAUGGUUUCCCCAAUGGAAAAAGUGGAAAAAGAUAAAGAAAGUGAUAUUAUUAUGUUAAAAGGGAUGGUGCAAGAUCUGGCACAGGAGAAGCAGUUGUUGUUGGCACAGCUACGAGAACAGGAACAGCUAGUCAAAGGAGUCCAAGAGCAAAAGCUAGCUGCAGAUUCAGUCACCAGUGAAGUUCAAGCUUUGUUCGGCCGUCAGCUUGCUGCAUUGCAGACCCAACGAGAUCAGCUACAGGCUCAGCUUGAGGCUCAAAAAGCUAAAAGUCAAACAGUGUCUGAAGUCCUGGGGCAGAAGACCAUGCAAGAAUCAUCUUUGCGUGAAGAGCUCAAAGAACUUCGAUCAGUAUUGAGUAAAAGUGAGCAGUAUGUAUAUCAGCUGACUGAAGAGAAAAUCAAACUUGAAAAUAAAGUAUUGUCGAACGCAGAGGAUCUUUCUAGGAUCGAAGAAGUACUGAACGGAAUCAAAUCUGAAAAUAAUUGUCUGAGGAAAGACAAGACAGAUUUAAUGCGUAAGCUCCAAAAUCUGGACUGUACAACACAGUCUGAGAUUCUAGCCUUGGGCAGUGAGUUGAAGGGAAAGGUUGCAGAAUUGCAAAAGCUAGAGGUGGCCAUGGAAGAACAAAAGGCUCAACAUCUUCAGGAACAUACUGCUCUGAAAUUGGAGGUCAGCAGUGAAAGAAAGAUUCAACAGAAAUUGGAACAAACUUUCAAUGAAAAGAUACAAACUAUGCUUGAAGAGCAGGAAGCGAGGCUUGAGAAUGCAGUGCAGCAGGCUCGGGCAGAUGUGACCAGCCGCUAUGAGGAAGAACUGAACCAAAUGGAACGGGUGCAUCAGUCUGACAUGAAGAAUUUGAAACUGCACCAUCAGAAGGAGUCAGAUGAAUUGAAUGCAGAAGUGAAAAAGGCAUUUGACUUGCAACAGAAACAGGAAGAUGAAAGAAGAAAACAAAUUGGAUUAAUUAAACGGGUUCAUGAAAGGGAGCAUGAUAGAGAGAUGAAUACACUGAUUACUAAACAUAAAGAGGAAGUGGAGCAACAGCGGGCACAAUUGACACAGGAGCAGCAGGAUCUGUUGAAUGAUAUUCAGGCACAGAUGGAGUCCGCACAUGAAGCAGAACUGUACGAAAUUCAGCUUCAAAUGCAGAAAGGACAUAGUCUUGAAUUGGAAUCCCUGCGCCUGAGUCUGAACAAUAUGCACAGAGCUCAGCUUGAGCUUCUGCAGUCUAAUCUGCAGCGUGAGAAGGAGGAGGCCCUUGCUGAGCUGCGAGAGGUGCUGAAUGAUAAACGACGCCAGGAGGUGGCAGUACUGCAGAACCAACAGCACAUAGAAUUGGAGCGAAUUCAGGAACAAAAUCUGCAGCAAAUGGAGCAAGCUGUGAAGAAACACCAACAGGAAAUGGAGGAUUUGAGGAAGGCAUCGGAAGAAGCAGCAGCUGUUUUGAAGGCCACAGUAAUUGCAGAGGAGACAAGAAAACUACAGCAGGAUAUGCAAAAGGAAUGGGAAGAGGAGUGUAGGUGGCGUGUUGAGAAGCGGGAGCAGACAAUGUCUACACAGCAUCAAACUGAACUGGAAGAGUGGAGCAAGAAGGUGGAAAACCUACAGAAUGAACUUGAAGUUAUCCGUAAUGAAAUAGAGGAGCACCAAGUGAUUGAGAAAAAUGAGCGUCAGAACUUGGAAAGUCUCCACCAAUCUAGUUUGGCAAAACUUCAAGAUCAGAUUCAAGUAGAAUUUCAACAGAAGCAGCAGCUGAUGAAGGAACUUGAUAAAAAAAAGGACCGUCUCGCAGAAAUGGAGAAAUUGCAAGAGAGCUAUGAUGAAUUUAAAUUGCGUUCUGAGCAGAAGAUUGUGCACCUGCGAUCUCAGCUUGAGGAUUCGAGGACCAGCCACGAAGAUCUUAUCGAAUUCAAGGAACAUUUGCUGUCUCGUACAUCUCGACUGGAAGAUAUACUAAGUUUAAAAGAAGAACUUGUUCAACAACGAGAGCAAUUACAAAAGCAACAUUUUUCUGAGUUGGAACAACUAAAGAGUUAUUUUGAAGAGAAACUGAAAGACAUGAAAGAAAAAAAUAGUGAGGAGGUUGCACAACCAGAACAGCGCCUUCAGGAAGACCUGAGACAGCCUUUUGGCCUUGAAUUUGAGCUCAGUCUGAAUCAGACUGUAGAGCCAAGCAGUUUGUCUUUGCUAUCGUUUUCUGAUCUCACUGAGAAGAACUACUUUCAGCACCGGAUUCAGAUUGUGGAAGAAUUGGCACAAAAGCUGGAACAGUACAAGGAAGAAAUCAAAAUCCUUCAACUGCAAUUAGAGGAUAAAUGCAAACAGGAGGUGGCCACUUCUUUGAUGCACAAGGAGGCAUUGCAGAAAGUUGAAAGAGAACUUUCACAGAGAUACUUUGCAGACAGUGAAGAGCAGAAGACAAAGCACAGCCUAGAAUUAACCCAAUUACAAGAUCGACUCUUGGAGGAGCAUCUUAAAGAGAUUACUCAGUUACGACUCCAGUGUGCACAACAGACUGCCCGAGAGGUAGAGAUGGAAGUGAAAAAGUAUGUCCAAAAGUUGGAGGAAAUGGAGAUGGACAAAUUAGCUGCAGUGGACUCUGAAACAAAGAAAAUUGCCUGUCUGCAAGAAGAAAUUGAAUGUCUGAAGAGAGAUCAUGCCAUUGUAACAAUGGAACUUACCAAGCAGCUCAAGCAAGUUAACCAGGACAAAGCCCUGUUGCUGGAAAAAGCUAACCGUAAACUUGAGGCCAGCAGAGAAGAACUUGAGGCCAAAAUGCAGGAAUGUACAAUGGAGAAAAAAUGUGCAUUGAAGAUUUUAAGAGAGGAGCUACAAGCCAGCACUGAACAGAAAAUAGCAGCUUUACACAAGGAGCUCAUCAAUGAAUUUGAAGAAGAAAGGCGAGCAAUGGAACAGGAAUUUAACCAGAGGAAUGCAGAAAUGAAUCGGACUCAAGAAGAACAGUGUGCCACAAUCUCUGAACUUGAGAUACAGCUAAAGGAAGAAAAAAAACAUCUACAGCAGAUUCAGGAUGGUCUUAAGAAUGAACAGUUACCAGAAAUUGUAGCAAUACGCCAGAAAAUCCAAGCGCAGUUUGAUGCUGAACUUACCAUGGCAAAGUCUCUGAUGGCAGAGGAGUUUGAGAAAUUCCAAGUCAAUGUGCAGGCGCAAUCAACUGUGAAACACCUAGAAGUACAGAACAGGUUCAUGGAAGAUCACAAACAGAUGAUGGACAAUUUUAUGUCUGAACAGGAGACCCUUCUCCAGGAGCUGAAGAAAAGGCAUGUGGAGGAGCUAGAAAGCCAAAGCAAACAUCUGAUAUCAUGCCAUCAGAAUCAGUUAGCGGAUUUGAAAAUGAAGUUGCACACCAAGCAUCAAGCUGAAAUGGAGGCCGUGGAGAAAGAGAAUUUGGCUACUUUGGAUGCCUUGCAACUGAAGCACUCAGCAGAUCUGGAAGAUGCAACAUGUAAAUACCAGACAGAGAUUCAGAGAUUGCAAGAGGCAGUGAAAACCUCUGAGGAGAAUUUACAGACAAUGAAGAGAGAGUAUGCAGAGAAACUAGCUGGAGAAGUAAAUCAGCUGAAAACUGACCAUAAGGCUGAAUUGUGUGAUGCACAGGAGACAAUCCAAAAGGAACUAGCUGCCAUUCACCUGGAAAAAAUUAGAGACAUGGCAACAGAGCUCGAGGAAAUCCACAAGGAAGAUUUGGAGGCAGCUCUCGGCAACCACAGGGCUUUACUGGAACAGGAGCAUCAGAAGCGCCUUGAUGUAAUUCGAGAUGAGGUACUUCGCCUUGAAGAUCAGCAUCAGCAAGCGCUUAAGGACCUUCAAAUGCUGCAGUCUACAGAGGCUGAGAAACAGAAAAAGGAGUAUGCACGAAAGCUUAGUGAAGAACUAACAAAGAUUCAGAUGCAAAACCAAAAAGAACAGGUUCAUACAGCCAAGUCAGAAGCAGAAAAGGUGCGACAGUCGUUGCAGUCCAAAUUUGAAAUUGAGAAAUCACAGCAACUACAGCAGUUCCAGGAGGAGUUUGAGCUUCUCAAGAACCAGUCUGAGCUCUUUCUUACUCAGGAAAUUAAGCAACUCAAGGAUGAGUUUGAAGCUGAGAAGAGCAAGGCACUGCAGGAACUAAGAGAUAUCUUUACCCAGGAACAAGACAAAACAAAACAACUGCACCAUGAAGAUAAGGAACUGUUGGCUGGAAAGCUCCAGCAGCACACAGAGCUAACCAAGAAGCUGCAGAAAGAGCUGCAGGACAAGAACGCUGAACUGCAGACGCUACUACAGCGUCGAGACCGAGAAAAUGAAGAAGGAGGCAAUCUGGUUGCCAUGCUGCGCUCAGACCUUGAACGAUUGACAUCUGAACGAAAAAACUCGGAGCAUUCCCACGAGCAAUUGCUGAAGCUCUUUGCAGAAGUGGUGAGAGUGAUAUUUUCUUCAGAAGAUAUGAUCAGUCGGCAAAUAGCGCUCUUCCUGGAUGGAAACAAGCUAGAUCAUGGAGGAAUAAUGAGCAAAUCAGCUCUGGAAGCUGGAGGUCAACCUCCAUGGAUGAAAGCUGAACCCCUGCUGGAACAUGACAAAAGUGACUUGAGCAUAACUCAGGAAAGUGUUAUCAUUACUGAAGACAACAGCUUCUGGUCAGCACUGACUGAUGAAAGGCUGGAACUUUCCCAGUGGCUAUCAGAAAGUAUGUUCACUGGGCCUGACAUGGGGCCUGAAAAUGAGGAGCUGAUACUGAGCACUUGCAUUCGAUUGCAGGUUGCUGUCGGCAAGUUACUGGAGUUAAUCACUGAGUCAACAAGACAACUGGCACAGAGCCAUGGAAUCAGUGAACAUUUGGAGAAAGAAUUCAGUCGCAAAACCCAAGAGACAGUGGAGCUGGUUGGCAAAGAACAUCAAAAGUUGUUGGAAAACCUCAACAAUGAAUCUGAAGCAAAGAGGGAGCUGGAAUUGGAGCUCCACAAAGCCAAGGGAUUGAUUGAAGGGUAUGUCACUGAGAAAGCUGUGCUGGAAGAAACUUUACAGCAGAAGGAAGAAUCCAAGCAACAAUUGGCUGUAAAGGUGGAACUUUUAAGUAAGCAGAUUCAUGAACUAAACCAGCAGCACCAGCAUCUGCUUGAGGAACACAAUCUAUUGCUACGCCAGAAGCAGGCCAUGGCUAGCAAUGAAGUAGAACACAGCCUUCGUAUUGAAGCAGUAAUCGAAGGGGAUUCAGGGUUAUUGGAGGAGACAGAGCGUCUCUCCAAAGAGAAACUGGACAUCCAGUGUCAGGCGGAUAAGGAUCGUGCUGACCUCCUUUCGAGGACAAAGAGAAUGGAAACGGAGCUUGAGGAGGAGACAAACCGUAACAUUGAAUUGAAGGAUAAAUGGCAUUUGGAAGUUGCUGACAUGCAGCAGCAAAUUCAGGCUCUUGAAAAGCAACUUAAGAAUUAUCGACAGUUUAUGGAUGAACAAGCAGCUGAGCGUGAGCAUGAGAGAGACGAGUUCCAGCAAGAAAUCUCAAAUCUGGAGACACAGUUAAAACAGGGACUAAAAUCACAAGGACGCGGUGAUUAUACAGUACCCAAGGUGGAAACUAUAGAAGCUCAGAUCCAGUUAAAGACUGAUGAAUACAAUGAGUUGCUGCUUAAAAAGGAACACUUGGAGAGAGAUGUGCAAGAACAAAACGAAGAAAUAGCAAGACUGGAAGCUCAGAUCAAAGAGCUUGAGCAAGUAGUGUUAUCCAAUGCCAAUGCAGAAAAGCAAGUUCACCAUCUAGAGCAAGAAAUGCAGAAGAUGAGGCGGAUAGAGGAAGAAUUAUCACAGGACAAGGAAUCCCUGCAACAACAACAGUACAGUAACCUAAUGCAGAUAUCUGCUCUACAGUCAAAACUGGAUGAAGCUAGACACAGAGUCCCUAUUGAAGGAUUUUCUGACCAAACUCUAAAGCAGCAAUUGCUGAAUGAGCGACAAGCUCUCCAGACAAAGGAAGAUGAGAUCCAAAGCCUUGCGGAACAACUUGAUCAAUUUCGAGAAAAUCUUUUGAAUAGAAACGAUGAAAUGCUUCAGCUGAAUCUGCAGUUGGAGAUCCAGACAAAGCAGUCAGCAAUGACAAUCAACCAACUCCAUGAGGAGAACAUCCGCGUGAAAGAGGACGUAGCUAGUCUCCAUCAGCGUUUGGGCCUGGAUGCAGAUAGCAGCAAAAUGCCAGGAUUGCAGCUGCCUCAGGCAUUGUUGCAGGAGAAGAACCAGGAGAUUGAUGAACUAAAAGAGCAAAUCCUCAAAUUACAGCAGGACUUGGAAAACGCUUUAGACUGCAAGACAUUUGAAGCGAAGAACUGUGAAAUUGAAGAGCUAAAAAUACAGAUAGAACAACUUACAAUUGAACAGGAUAGGUUACGUCAGUCAAAAGAAGAAGAAAUUGAGCAUCUCAUUGAGGUUAUAGAGAAACUGCAAGAAGAACUUUCUCUGUUGGGUCCAAAUUGCCACGAAGUCAGUGAUUCUCAGGAAGACCUUGAAAUGUUGGGUUCGGAGGAAGACACCAGGCAAAAGUCAGCACUUUCUUGGGGACUUAACGACAACCUGCAGCAGGAGCUGGCAUGUAUUGAAGUAGACAGGAGAGCUGCUGGAGACUAUAAGGGAACUCUUGCAAGCCAUUCCACAGGGCCUCAGAAUCAAGCAGCCAUGAUGGUAUCUAAACAAGAUUCUCUCCAGAUGUUGGAUAAAAAAGAGGCUCAGUUCCAAGAAAAAAAUGUUGCUUUGCAAAUUGAUCUUCAAAACUUGCAGGAAGUUAACCGACAGCAGUUGCAGGAAAUGGAAUCCAUGCGCUUACUGAACAGCACCCUUCAGGAGGACAACAGUUUGCUGAAGACCCACCUCUCUCAACGGGAUGCUGACAUAGCUCUUCUGUCCUCACGUGUCCAAGAGUUGGAAGAUGCUGAGGCUGAAAAGCACAUAUUGCUACAAAUGAUUGAGAAGCAAAGGCAGGUAGAAUUGGAAGAAAUGGGUUCUUUACCAACCAAAAUAGCAGAGCUUGAACAAGAAUUGUCAGACAAGACAACUCAAUUCCAAAACAGUUGUAAUGAACUACAAGCUUUGCACUGUGACCUUCUGCAACGCGACUGUGUGCUUCAGACCUUGAGACAGAAAGAUGCAGAUCACCAAGAAGAAUUUCAAAGAUUGCAGGGUGAUCUAGCCAAGUGGAAGGCAAUGAAUGAAGAAUUAAAAGACCACCUGAAGCAAUUUGAGAAAGAAAAGGAAGUGGUUGGUAUUGAUGGGACUUCUCCAAAAAUAGAGCUGAAGGAACAUCUAUUGUUCCAGGAGCAAAAGAACCUGAGAGAAAUGGAAGCUACCUUGCAGCAGAAGGAGCUACUUGUAGCCCAGCUAAGUGUGGAACGUGAGGGACUACAGGCUGAGCUUUCUAAAGUUAAAGAGGAACUGAACUCCAGCACAGAGAGGAUUGAAAAACUGCUGGAGACUGAUCAGGAAAAAGACCAGACAAUUGCUGACUUAGAGGUCCACACAUAUAACCUGAAAACCCAGGUGAAUCAACUUCAAGAAGCCCUUUUGCAGCAAGAGGAGGAACUAGCUAAUCGAGCAAAGGAAGUAGAAGACUUAACUGAAAAAUGUUGUCAGCAAGGACUUGAAUUGCUGCGACUGUCCAGCUUGGAAGUAAAUAAGCCGCAAGUCAAUUCUUCAGAUUACAAAGAAUCUUCACAGACUGUUGGCCAAGAUGGGCAUCAGUCAUGUUUCUACAAUCAAGCUAUCAAUGAGAGCUUACUAAGUUCUCCAGAAGUUAUGAGAAAGUAUGAGGAAAGUCUGGAAUGGUUGAAUGGACUGCACUCGCGGAGGAUUUCUGAAAUCAGUGGUGUGCACAGUACAGAGACAGUGCACAGCAGAUCGCUCAGAUUUGAGAAAGAUAUAGAUGGAGAGGACCAGAGCAUUAACAAAGACAAACUGAAUGGGAAUUCUUCAGCACCAUCUGAUUAUGAACAAACACUCUCAGAAUCUUCUGAUACAGAGAAGGUACAAAAUGUAGAAGUAACACUGUCAGCCUUGCAGGAAGAUAGAGCAUCAACAGUGUCAAUCCCUGACUGGAUAACUGAAGGCUGUGGCAGCAAUGCAAGUUUGGAUCUGGGUGCAAAGCUAAAUCAAGAGCUUGAAAUAACUGAACGACUUGACAGUAGUUUUGUGGAGUAUCUACAACAUCGUGGAAUUGCAUUGUCCACGUCAACCAAUCAACCAAGGGAGCCCAAACUGUGUCAGGAGGAAAUGCCUUCCCAAAAGCUUCAGGCAUUGCUAAAGAGGGUACAUGAAGAAGGCUGUCGGGUGUUAGCAUUGUCACAAAGGCCUCUUGUCUGCCUUGAAUCUGAACCUGUCUCUGUCUUGAGCAAAACAGUGGACGAGUGGCAGCAAGAGAAAAAGUCACUACAUGACACAGUUCAGCUACUGAAGCAACUGCUUUCCAAGGCAACAGACAAGUGUAAUGAGGAUGCUGUAAGUAGGAGGACUGAUUGGAGAAGGGAGUUACUACUGGCUGUGCAGGCAGUUUUAAACCAAGAACAAAAGUCGUUCUUUGCUGAAUUACGUUCACACCUGCAGCGUCAGUCGACAGGAGGAGAGAACUCUCUACCUACGAUGCUUGAACGUAUUCUUAAAGAGCAGGAAAAGCAGCAACUGUCUGUGCUGGAAGACCUCUUAUCUGUGGACAGAAACAGCUUGUUAUCAGAGGUGCAGGACCUCCGUUCACAGCUCCGGAUUGCACAUCUUCAACAUCAAGAAAAGCUGCAGCAGUUACAGGAUACCCUCACCAGUGCAGAGGAGCAGGCCAAGAAGCAGGAACGACCACUUCGAAGGCAAGUGGAGUUGCUGGAAUACAAGCUACAACAAGAACAGAUUGUAACAACUAAUUUGCAAAACAACCUGAAAGCAGAGCAAGAACGAGUUACCAAGCUCCACCAGCAGUUACAAAUUGAACAAACUUCAUUGACUGAGCUGAAGUCUGACCUGUCUGAGGUCUCAGAUGAACUGCAGUCUGCAUUACAAACACGACAUGAGCUACAACAAAACCUGCAGAAGCUCCGAGGAGAAUUGAAUGCCAAAGAAAAUGAAUUGUUAACAGCAGCAAAAGCAUUUGAACAAGAACGACAUAAUGUACAGCAAUUGCAGACCAAGAUGGAAAAAGAACAAUUCCAUUAUAAAGCGCACAAAGAGCUAGAACGGCAAAAUUAUCAAAAACUGCAGAAGGUACUUGAGGAGCAACUUGCGCACAAUCAUCAGUUGUCCGCUGCCUUUGAAGAAGAGCAGGUGGCAAACAGCAACAGCCGCAAAGAACUUGAAGCCAAGUUGUUGAACACUGAAUCUUUGCUAUCACAGGAACACAAGAAACUAGCAGAGACUCAGGACUUGUUAAAAAUUGAGAGAAGUCACUUGUCAGAGCUGAGUGAUUCCUUGGAUCGUGAGCAUGAUCGGUCAGAACAGCUGUACCAGCAUCUGAAUUCCCGACAGGAUGAAACUACUACUCAGGACCGUGCCUUUAUAAAAGAGCUGCAGAGUCAACUUGAGGAAGAAAGAAAGAGGACUGUUGAACUUGCCACAAUCAUUGAGAAAACGCAGCAGCAAGCUAUUACAGCAAAGCGAAACGCUGAAGAUGAAAUCCAACUGUCCCGACAGGAAGUUCAGAAAGAACGGGAAGUCAGUUCCAAGCUGAGAUCAAUGCUUGAAUCAGUUCAGACUCAGGUACAGGAGCUCAACCGCUUGCUAGAGUCUGAAAGGCAGCACAGUCUUCGCCUGCAGACUGAACGAGAGAGACUUCAAGCAAGCAUUCUUACAGCUAAAGAAAAGGAGCGAAAUAAGGAUGAUCAGCGGGAUCGAGAGAGGAGACAAGAGAGGCGAGAAUUAGCUGACCAUGAACAAGAAUAUGAGAUGGUGAAAGACAGAAUGCAUGAGUUAGAACUGCAGCACCAGCGGGAUCAUCAACGAAUAAGAGAACUGCAAAAGAUGCUUGCAGACUUGGAGGAACAAGAACGUAAACUUUCGUCCCGCAAAAGGCAGCAAGCUGAACAUGAAAAUAUUAUGGUGAAAUGCAAGCAAAAUGGCACUACUCAUGUUAUGGAAGGCAAUGUAGUAAAUUUCCAGCAGCUCCCAGAGAAUGCACGCCAGCAAUUUCUACAAUUGACUGUUCAGCUUAAAGAUUUACUUCAUGGAUUGAAAAAUAGGGGGCAGGAAGGUCACAUCAAACCUGAAGAUAUAAGAGACCUCUUACAGACCUUGACUGAUUCAAACUAUGAUUCACAGCAGUUCCUUUCCAAUAUGCAGGAGAAGUCAAUUGACCACCCAGAUGUAGUUCUACAUAUUGAAAGGGCGAAUUGGAUGAAGGAGAAAAACCGGUUACAGAAUUGCUUAAAAAAUGCUGAAACAGAGUUAGCUGGAGUAAUGGCAGAGAUUGAAAAUCGCCCUCUGCGGCAGGACCUGGUUGACCUCUCUAGCAUGAAGAUGCAGAGGCUUUAUGGCAAAUACCUACGAGCUGAAAGCUUCAGGAAGGCCUUGGUAUAUCAGAAAAAAUACCUGUUGCUGCUUCUAGGGGGAUUCCAGGAAUGCGAACAGGCAACGUUAUGUCUUAUUGCUCGUAUGGGAGUGUACCCUUCUCCCACAGACAUUCACAUGCCCACCUGGCGUCCAUUAACCAAGUUCCGCUCAACAGUUAGAGUGGUCAUUGCAAUAUCCAGGCUGAAAUUCCUCGUGAAGAAAUGGCAGAAAGCAACAAGGAAAGGGCUGUACCCUGCCCCCCUAGCAAACAAUAAUGGAGGUGGCCAAGCUCAGACAGUCAAAACAGAACUAUUUCGCCAUCAGCAACCGGCAUUGACUCACAUUAUGAAUUCACCACCAACCAGAGACAGUGUGUCCACUCAACGACUUAACGCUUCAAGUCAGCAAUUGCCAAAGUCCCCAUAUCGAUCACAAAUCAGAUCUCAUUCCUCUCCUGGAGGAGGACCUGACCAAUCAAGCCUCUCAAGCAAUCAAGACCCUGAACGCUCGCUGACUGAAUACAUCCAGCGACUUGAGGCAAUUCAGCAGCGUCUUGGAGGAACAUCUCCAGGAACAGGCCGACGCAGAAGUAGCCUGAAAUAAGUUGGACCCAGAAUGAAUGCAAGAUGCAAAAUUCCUGCAUUCCACCUUAAACAUAUGUUUAAAGAAGUGUGUAUGUAUAUUGAUCCGCGUUGCGAUCAAGGGGUAAUUAUAUAUUUAGGACAGCAUCUGCACACUACUGAAAGCACGGAAGAAUCUUGUAUUUAAAAUAAACAGAUGUUCACUGUAAUGUUCACUAACAAAUGGGAUAUUUCUGUGUCACCCUACACUGGAACAUUCAUUAUUCAAUCAGGAUGGAUGAGUUUUAGAUACACUAUUGGGUGCGUGUUUCUGUGUGUGUGUGCACACAAGUCUUAGAUUAUCUUCUGAAGAAUGAGAGACAAUGACCUAGAUUUUUCAUUAGUCCAUUUCCUCCAGAUUUAAGUCAGACCAGAGCCUGUGUACUGGUGUUUACAUCUGUAUCACAUAAAAUUUUAAAGAGGUUAUUUUUGUAAAUGUUGGCUUUUGUUCUUUGCAGAAAAUAAAUAAACUUUACACAA